GUGAUCCACCCACCUCGGCCUCCCAAAGUGCUGGGAUUACAGGCAUGAGCCACCGCGCCUGGCAGUCAUUCUUAAAUUAUUAUUUCCUAGGUGUCUUUCCUCAAGAUUGUCUUAAAGUUACAAAAUGUACAUGACAGAUCCACGGAUGUACAGCGGAGAGCCUGGAGGUCCAAUAGCCGUAGGCAAGAAGGGCUGAGGUCCACUUGUACACACACAAAGAAAAGGGUUUCUUCCUUUCCGGGAAUUAAAAUUGCCCUGGAAGACCUCUUUACUUCACGGAGCUUUAUGGAAGCCAGAGUUCGAGCUGAAGUCCAUAAGGUGACAACGAAGGUCAACAGUCAUUACCAAAUCAAUGGACAGAGGAAGACUACCGAGAAAUUGAAGCUGAGAAUGAAAGAACGUGAGCCAGCAGAAAAGGAGAAGCAGCUAUCAGAGGCAGAGGAAAAUGGGAAAUUGGUUAUGAAAAAAAUACGUACCUACAAGGAAUCGUUUCAAGGCGCGCAAGAGUUGCAGUGGCGGGCAGAGGACUCCUACAGACGCAAAAUCGCCCCUUCUGCAAGAAAGGCUCUUGACAACCAGGUAAGUUUGUUUGUUUUGCUUGCUUUUGGACAUAGUCUGCCAGGUCAGAACGUGGAUGUAUUUUUCUCCCCACAGCUCUUUGCUCAAACCUUGCAGUGGGAGAUGGCCGAGAGGAAGGCUUACAAGCAGCACGGGUGUGAAAUGAGGGAAAAGCAGAGAAUGCCAGAGAGACACAUGAGUGAGGAGUCAGUCCAGGAACGACCGGGCCUAAAGAACCCUUUCUGGAGAGGUAGGAGCUCGCUGUGAAGGCAGCUGCUUAAUUUCUGCUACACAAUCCACACACCCUGCUUCUCCUUUUGGGGGUGAGGGCUCGGGUGGGGUAAUUGUUAUGUUUCCUGGAAACAAUUCCAAGCACUUACAAAGAGAACAGUUGUCCUGCUAGGUGGUAGGACCCUAUUUAUCUCAGGUGCCCUAGCUGAAUGGCUCUUGGCUGGUCCCCUGUGAAUGGUGCAGCUCAGGCCGCUCCACCGACUGUGGACAUUGCCCCACCCUGAUGUCUUGGUUACUUUUAACUGAGGAGAUGAGCCUAGAAGGCAAAUGGGCCAGCUCCCUUUUCCACCUUGACUCAGUGUGAAGGCUUUAUUUUUCUUUC